AUGGAUAGCCUAUGUAUCUUUUGCAUAAGAAGACGUCGGCGAACAACAACACCGCUACCUGCGCGUCCGCCAGCCAAAGUCAAGAAGCCGGCGCUCCGACGAGCGGAAGCAAGGGAAAAGCUGAACGAAGUCACAAAGGUAUCGUCGCGAGCCAGCAGCGCCGCGGAAGAUGAAGCGACGCCUAGGUCAGAGUCGCAAUCGGUCUUGGAACGAGAAUGCGCAAUAUGUCUAUCCGCGCUCUACGCCCCCACGCCCCCCGAGCCCGCCAAACUGUCGCCCGACGAACCUCCUACUUCUGCUGCAACCGCUACCGCUACCGAAACCGCCGCGCCGCAACCGCAAUCCACGGACCUGGGCCCCACGAUUACGCGCACCACCACCGCACCCGAAUCCGAGACCAUCCUCCGCCUCAUUGUGUGCAACCACGAAUUCCACGCUGAAUGCCUCGUCUCAUGGUUUGUGCUGCGCAAGACCAGCUGUCCUAUCUGCCGCUCGCUCUACAUGAGCAAAGAAGACAUGGACCAGUACGAUGAGGAAGAGCGCAUUGCCAUGGGCGGCGCGCCCCUUAGAACAACGGAUGUGAUACAAGAGAGAAUAGAAAGGAGAAUGAAGAUGAGAAUGAAAAAAAAAAUCAACAUGGAAAACAUGGAAAACAUGGGCGCGCUCUGA